CGCAGCAGCGUCCCGACUCCGACGUGCUCCUCCAUAAUGUCGGUGUCCUGGUUACAAUGGGGACUGUUGUGAAUCUCUCGUUAACAGACUUCUCUGAAUAGCGGCGGAUUACUCACACAGCGGUCUGGUGUUUUGGGUGAUUUACUGAGACGGCUACAUGUUAAAGUCCUGUUUUAUGCAUUGUAUCUUGGCAGUCCAGUGCAGCGGGUCCAUCCACCGUUGCCUCUCCUCAGCAAAUGAAGGAAUUCAAGGAGAACUUUUCAGGCCAGUUAAUUCUGGACCACAUCAAGCCAUGCUGGUACUGGGACAAGAAGGAUUUAGCCCACACCCCCUCCCAGUCUGAAGGCCUGGACCCUGGCACAGAGGCCCGGUACCGGAGAGAAGGAGCCCGCUUCAUUUUUGACGUGGGGACCAGACUUGGCCUACACUAUGACACACUGGCAACCGGCAUCAUAUAUUUCCACCGCUUCUACAUGUUCCACUCCUUCAAGCAGUUCCCCAGAUAUGUGACGGGUGCUUGCUGUCUUUUCCUGGCGGGGAAAGUGGAGGAAACUCCAAAGAAGUGUAAAGACAUCAUCAAAACAGCCCGCAGCCUAUUGAACGAUGUGCAGUUUGCCCAGUUUGGAGAUGAUCCGAAGGAGGAGGUGAUGGUGUUGGAGAGAAUUUUGCUCCAGACUAUCAAAUUUGACCUGCAGGUGGAGCACCCUUACAUGUUCCUGCUGCGCUAUGUCAAGCAGCUCAAAGGAGAGAAGAAUAAAGUGUGCAAGGUGCUACAAAUGGCGUGGACCUUUGUCAAUGACAGCCUGUGCACCAUGCUGUCUCUGCAGUGGGAACCGGAGAUCAUUGCGGUAGCCGUCAUGUACCUGGCCGGCCGCCUGUGUAAGUUUGACAUCCAGGAGUGGACCGCCAAGCAGUCGUCACGCCGCUGGUGGGAGCAGUUUGUGCAGGACGUCCCAGUUGAGCUGCUCGAAGACAUUUGCCACCAGAUCCUGGAUCUGUACUCUCAGGGCAACAAGCCCAUUCCUCAGCAGAUCCAGGAGAAGGAGAGGGCUGCUGUCCCUCAGAUCCCCAUCCCUCCAAUGCCACAGGGAUUACCACCAGUCCCCGCUCCUCCUCCCCCACCACCGAAGAAGACGUCCCCUCAGGGAGGCAGCCCUGCACGCCAGCUCAAACGCUCACACACAUCCCCGAAAGAUGAACCAAAGGCUCCAGAACAAGUUGGAUUAAAGAUUCCCAGACUGGAGAGCCCGAUGCCCCCUCUGCCUACAUCGCAGCCUCCUCCAGACCGCAAAGCUCCGGCCCCAGCCCCUCCCGUGGAAGCAGAACCGCUAAACGAAGUGGCUCCUCCUCUACCGCACGCUCCACCUCCACACAAGCCCCCUCCCUUACCCCAUCGCCCUCCUCCGCCUCCGCCCUCCAACUACAUCAUGUCCACCACCAGCUCCUACAUGUCGGGAGAAGGCUACCAGAGCCUGCAGUCGAUGAUGAAGACGGAAGGUCCCUCCUACGCCCCGAUGCCGCCCAGCUACGCGCCCCCGAUACCGCAGUAUCACCCCCACGUCUAUCCGCCGCCCGCGCAACCGCCUCCAGGCCCUCCGCCGCCUCCUUCCAACUACCCGCCGCCCAACUUGGCGCCAGCGUAUCCGCCGCCGGGCUACAACAACUACCCUCCGCCGCCUCCUCCACGCAUGCCUCUGGGCCACGUGCCCCCUCAAGUUAUAGGCCUCCCGCCUGGGGGUUAUCCUCCACCCCCCGUGCCCCCAGGACAGUCACAGGUGCCCCUGCCCCCUCCGCCUGGCAUGCCUAUGAAUCACGGUGGGUGGAUGAGAUGAGAGUGAAACCACAGUCUCUGAACUGGAACCAGGAACUUGUGUUAUUCGGCUGGUAGAAAACGGAGGGAGCGCUUGUUCACUUGACUUUUGUUGAGGUUCUUAAUGAAGGCUUAACAAUAAAUAGACUUGAAAAGGAAAAGUGAGGUCUGGACAGUAUUGUUAUGAGAACCUGAAGUAGCUUUAACAUGUACAGGAUGGUACUUCAUCUAGUUCCAGGAUCUUAUCACAAAUACUGUCUGCUCAUUGUUAUUGUUCUGGAAAUGCACCAGGAAAUAUUAGCACCCUGAAUUUAGUUUUGUCACACAAUACUCAUUCUUUAAUUGUGGGGUGAUGAAAUGUACUGUUUUUACUUUAUCUUUUUGAGUAGAUCAAAUGUUGACUCUUAUACUUCUAUAGUCUAUCACCCUCAUUUUGGUUUUCCUCCUAUUUUCAGUCAUACCAGUGUCCUUUCCCCUGCAAUCUGUUUUGCUUUUCUCAAGUUUUGCUGAGAAAAACGGCGUAAAAUCAUGAGACGGUUGUUCAUGACAUGCAGUAGUCAUAUAUAAAAAGGACUAUCACACUGAGAAAUGUUCAUCAGUUUGUUCAAACAUGCUGUAUAUCCUUUUUUUUGUCAUAUUACUUUCUAUUCUGUGAGAACACUGAGGUCAUGUUGCUAGAUAUUUCUGCUACCAUAGCAUUCAUUUUAUCACAUUUAUUUCCUGUCCCAUUAUCUUUAGUGAAUCUGCACUGCAGACAGAAUAACAGUAACUAGAUAGUCAUCAAACCAACCGUGUCUAACACUGGACAGUCUAAGGUAUAUUUGUACAUAUCUGUUCUUUUCAUUUAGGCAUUGCUUUUUGAGAGUUUCUAUCCAUACGUGCCUUAGUCUGGCUUCUCUUCUGUAUCCUGCACGCAGCUUUGGUUUUGUGUCUGAGUGGCACUUAGGACAAUAAAGACCUGCUUUUCCUACUUUGG